CAAAAGUUCAAAAAGGAGAUGGCUUGGAUGUGAGGGAUCCUGAGUGAUUUUCUGAGCCCUUUUCCUCACUCUGGAUGUAUACAGUUAUUGAAGGGUGGGCAGGAGAGCACCAAUAAUCCUUCCAUGAUGCUGCAUUCAGAUGUGGAUAAAGGUGAUGGAAACGUCAGGUACGUGUUGACUGGAGACGGAUCCUCCUCUAUCUUCACUAUAGAUGAGAAAACGGGGGACAUCCAUGCCACCAAACGCCUGGACCGAGAGGAACAGGGUUAUUACACUCUGCGUGCUCAAGCUGUCGACAGUGAAACCAACGCUCCAGUGGAGGAUGAGUCUGAAUUUAUUGUGAAGGUCCAGGACAUCAAUGACAAUGAACCUAAGUUUCUGGACGGGCCGUACACCGCAGGAGUGCCUGAGAUGUCUCCUCUUGGCACCAUGGUGGUUCAGGUGACAGCGACAGAUGCAGACGACCCCACUUACGGCAAUAGCGCCAGAGUCGUGUACAGCAUCAUACAUGGACACCCUUACUUCUCCGUGGAGCCCAAGACAGGCAUCGUACGGACAGCCCUGCCCAACAUGGACAGAGAGACACGUGACCAGUACGUUCUGAUCAUUCAGGCCAAGGACAUGGUGGGUCAGAUGGGUGGACUGUCAGGUAGCACCUCCGUGACGGUCACGCUCACCGACGUCAACGAUAACCCUCCACGCUUCUCUCGCAAGUCGUAUCAGUACUCAGUGCUGGAGUCAGUGCCGGUGCCAUCAGUGGUGGCCAAACUGAAAGCCGCAGAUGCUGAUAUCGAUUCCAAUGCAGAGAUGGACUACUAUAUAAUAGAUGGCGAUGCACCAGGUGUGUUCAACAUCACCACAGACGAGGAGACACAGGAGGGAGUCAUCUUUCUACAGAGGCCUUUGGACUAUGAAACUAAAAGCAGUUUUUCUCUGAAGAUUGAAGCCACUAAUCGGAAUAUUGACCCUCAGUUUCUGACCUUUGGCCCCUUCAGUGAUACAGUGGCUGUAAAGGUCAUUGUAGAGGAUGUGAACGAGCCACCGGUCUUCUCUCCUCUGAUCAGCAGGAUGGUGGUAUCUGAGGCAGCGAGGGUCGGCACGGUCAUUGGUACAGUUUCCGCCCGUGAUCCAGACUCUUCCAGCAAUGCGAUCAGGUACUCCAUCGACCGGAACACAGACCUGGAACGCUUCUUCAAUGUGGAUGCUCUGACCGGUGUCAUCAGCACAGCCAAAGUCCUUGACAGAGAACUCAAUUCAGUCCACAACAUCACCAUAUUUGCCACUGAGAACCAGGAUCCGUCUCAGGUUGGCAGAGGAAUCGCUCUAAUCACAGUCAUAGACAUUAACGACAACGCUCCAGUGUUUGCUAUUGAGUACGAGACACUCUUAUGUGAAGAUGCAGCACCUGGACAGGUCAUUCAGACGAUCAGUGCUGUGGAUAAAGACGAGCCUCUCAGCGGUCAUCGUUUCUAUUUCUCUCUCGCUUUCUCUGCUGCCAAUAAUAACAACUUCACCCUCAGAGAUAAUAAAGAUAACACUGCAUCAGUGCUGACGAAGCGUGCUGGUUUCCGCCGGCAGGAGCAGUCGCUGUAUCUGUUACCAGUGUUGAUUGUGGACAGUGGCAGUCCGGCCUUGAGCAGCACUAACACUCUUUCUGUGCGAGUGUGUGACUGUGGUGUGAACAACGUUCCUCGGGUGUGUGGCGCCAUGGCUUUCUCUAUUCCUGCGGGUCUCAGCACUGGAGUUCUGCUCGCUAUACUGGGCUGCAUCAUCACUCUUCUGGUUCUGAUGCUGUUGAUCAUGGCAAUGCGACGCAGACGAAAAACACCUCUUUUCAUCAAGGAUGAGCGUGAUGUGAGGGAGAAUAUUGUUCGGUAUGAUGAUGAAGGAGGAGGUGAAGAAGAUACGGAAGCUUUCGAUAUGGUCACCCUGCGUAAUCUCAAUAUCAUACGUGAUUCAAAGGUCCAGGAUGUCAGUCCAGAAACAGCCUCUGUCUACCCAUACUCAGCUUCUGCUGCGUCCAGGACAUCUUAUAAAACACUUCCUGACAACAUUGUCUUUCAAGACUUUAUCUGGGAUAGGCUGAAAGUGACUGAUGUGGAUCCCUCUGCACCACCGUACGAUUCACUGCAGACGUACGCGUUUGAGGGAAAUGGCUCCGUAGCAGAGUCUCUAAGCACACUGGAAUCGCCCAGUUCAGAUUCAGAGCAGAGUUAUGACUACCUCAAUAACUGGGGGCCGCGCUUCAAAAAACUAGCAGACCUGUAUGGAAAUCUCGAAGGAAGCAGUAUUUUCUCCUAG